ACUUGAAGGCAAAUGAUGACGGCAGCGUUUCAACUUGUAACUCUUUCUGCAAUGUUUAGUGCUACGUCGAUGGCUUUUCGACUACCAUGGGGUCCUUAUAUCUUACCAAGAGGAGGACCUGGAAGAGAAAACUUCAAAACACACUUUCAACCCUUGGCUAAUAAAAUAUCUUCUUGCUGCCAAAAAGGAUUUUUUUCUAGAGAACAUCAUGACAAUUUUGGAGUAAAGCAUGUUGAAUUAUUUUGUAAACCAGAGCAGUUUUGCUGCGGGGGACUUGAGCCAGUAUACAUAAAUGGAAUUGGUAAAUUUUGUGGCAGGGAUUUGAGUUUGACUGGACGGGUAGAAGAUAUAGAUAUACCAGAAUUAUUCCGCUUGUUAUCUGAUAAUUGGCCAAAAUCGAUUCGGAUGCAGGAACUGAAUACAGAAGGCGAAUAUCCAGAGUGAAAAAUACUAUAUAUACUAUAUAUAUAUACAGUAUAUAUAUAUAGUCUCACUACAUGAUGGCGACAGAACGAAAAAAAAAAUUUUUUUAGUUUUUUUCUCUUUUAAAUGCACUGAUUGAUAAAGCUGAGAUAGUCGCUGAUUAAAUGGAAAAAGAACCAGCGUAAUGUAUUUAUCUAUUAUUAAUAAACAUUUAUGCUAUUAAGGCUGUCAAAAUCAUUUAUUUCUUUCCGUGUCCUACCGCCUUUGUCAGAUUGAAAAUCGUCUUUGUCAAAUAUUUACCAAAUCCAGUAGUAAAUCUUCUUUCUCGUUCACCUGCCUCCUGAACCUGUAAAUUAAACUUUACGCUCUUCGUCGUCGGUGAUAGAUUGUUUUUAGAUUUCAUUAAUACUUCCUUUGAAUAAGGACUAACAUAAUUUGCGGCCAGUUUUGAGGAUUGAUUUGACAUUUUUGAUGGAACAGCUGAAGUUGACCACGAUCUUAGUGGUGCUUGAGGUUUAGCUGUGGGUGAUCGAAAUUCCAGCAUGCUAACUGGUCUUGAGUGUUUAUUCUUGGAUAAUUUCAUAAUAGAUGAAGCAUAUAAAGGCUUGUUAAUAGAUACACGUGGCGAAGAACGUUUCUGAACAAUGUAAUUUUGUUUUCCGCUCUCUUUUUCCUCCAAGGAAACGACCGAAUCAAGCUCUUGAUAUUUGAGGAAACGUUUAGUUUGUUCGGAAACAGGUAGUUCUCUUAUCAUUGUUGUAUUUUUUAAUGAUUGAAGAACAACUUUUCUACAUAGUACCUUUAAUUCGGGAGCUUUUCUUUUAAACCACUCAACCAACUUAAUAUACUUUAAACCAUUACCUAAGUUCGGAUUGUAAUGUAUUAAAUCAUCAGUAGAUAUCUUCCAUACAUUAGCACCAGAUGUCAAGAGCAAUUGUAUCACAUAAUACUCUUCUCUCAACAAAGCUAAUUCUCCAAUAGUUAAUGUUCGAAGUGGAAGAUUCAUUUUUAAAUUCAACGCUUUUGCUAAGCCUCGAACAUUCGAUCGGAUAUCAAGAUUAGAAUUAGCCCUAAUUAACAUUUUAACCACAUCUUCAACUCGGUAACCACCAGAGAGAACUGAAUACAUUAGAGAAUUGGCCCCAUACCUAUCUGUUAAGUUUGGAUUUGCUCCCUCGACUAUUAAAGAUUCUAUUUUACCAAUUUGGCAAUAAAAAGAAGCGAACAUCAGGGGUGACCUACCACCCUCAGCUUUUACAUCUACUUCCGUCCUUUUAACUAGUUUGGUGAAAUAUGGUUGUAAUUUAAAAUAUUUGUUUUUACUGGCUUUGUGCAAUACCCCCUCAUUUCUAACAUCAACCGCCGAUAUAUCAGUUACAGGCAGUAAUAGAUUAGUCGAUGUACCAUUACCAUAUUCUGCUGACAAGAGUAAAGCAGUCUUCCAAUCAACAUCUCUUGAUUCCAGAUUAACAUUUGAAGAUAAAAGGAUUUGAAUCGUAGCUAAAUCAUCUGCAACACAAGCCCACAUGAUAGGUGUCCUCUUCAUCCGCUUGUCUUGCACUUGCAAAUCAACUCCCGAAGCCAAUAAUUCUUCGACGAUAGCAGCAUGACUAUAUUUAGCCGCCAAAAGAAAAGGUGUUUCACAACGAACAUCCAAAACAUCCGGCGAAGCUAAAUCCAACAAGGCUCUAACAGUACUUAUGUGACCGCGCUUACUAGCCACAUGUAAAGCGGUUUGGCCUUCAUUAUUCACUGCGUUGGCGUCACACCCAGCGUCUAACAAAAUAUCAACAAUGGCUGUUCUUCCUUCCUUAGCAGCGCAAAUUAAAGGGGUGUUGCCAACUUCAUCAGGCCAGUCUAUGGGUGCGCUAUUAUCCAGUAAAGUUUGAACACAAGCAGAGAAUCCCCGUCUCGAUGAAAUAUGUAAGGCCAGUUGUAAAACUGACGGUGCGUUACAACCAGCUCUAAUCAGAUAGCGAACGCACUUGGCAGAAGGACUAAAACUUUUUUCUAAUAAUAAUUGCAAGGCAGUUUUGUUGUUUAAGUCGGUAGAAUUUGGAUCAACUUGCACGUCCAAUAAUUCUAUUAUGCAAGCUUCUUUUCCAUUAGAUGCGGCAAAAAGAAGUGCCUCAUUUAAAUCCUGUAAAUUUAAUGUCGAUUUCCUUUGAAGCAAUUUAUGUAACUUUUUCGAGUCAUUUUCUUCUAUCGAUUUUAUAACAGCUUUAAAUACGCUCAUUUUAUCACUAGCAAUUAUAGACAAAUUGUAGGCCUAAGUUUUUCCUCAGAAAAAUUCGACUUUACAAUAAAGGAUUCAGGAACUUGACGUUGUAAACAUGGUCUCAGAAGGUGUGCAUUUAUUGUUUUAUCUACAAAUAAUCUAGACAACAUAUUU